AUGCAGCAGUUCUCUAGUCUCUCCCCUGUCCUCAUGGCACCUCUCGGUUCCUUCUUUCUGAUCCUUGCCUCCCUGGCAGCCGUCCUUCUUUGGGGCGUCAGUCUCUGGAACGGCACCGUGGCUGAGCUUUUUGCAGCGGUCCUCCGCGGUCACUUUGAAGAUGGCACGCCUCUGCGAACGAGAUACACGGGCAUAUUCCUUGUUGAUUUCCCCGUAUCUCUGCUGGUGGCAUUCUUCUUCUACGGCACCAAUGGCUCAGAUCCAGGCUACCAGCUCUUCCUGAUCGACGCGUAUUCGACCCUGCAGCCCGCGUUUGUGUGGCUGUACGUGGAAAGCGCACGCAUGGAAUCGAAGCCUUUCCUCAUAGCCAACCCCGUCGUUUGGGGCCUUUUAUGGCAAGCGUUUGGAGGGGCCAUCUCCCUGCCCCUCUACUUCUACCACCACCUCGAGUGGAAACGGAGUCGAAAGUCGCUGCCAUCGCCCGGCGAACAUGCACAGCUACGGGCUGUUCCCCUCAGCUUCAUCAUCGGUGCAGUCUUGCCGGCGGUGGUCGGAAUGUUGCCAAUGUGGAUGGAGCGGUCGGCCUCGACGCACCAAUGGGUCCUGGCCGCCUGGCAGCCCGAUCCGGUGUGGGUGAGCCUGGUUCAGCAUGCAGCGGUUGCAGUCUUGCGCUGCUGGGGACGGCUUCGGUCCUCCUCCUCUUCUGCGCCCAGAACCGGCGUGCGCAGGAACGCCCUUCUUGGCGGCAGCGCCGCCAUGGCCUACCUGACCGCCGCGCUCUCGUCCGCCAUCGGCCACGUCUACGUCGUGGCGCGCGUUCUCGCGUCGAACGAUUGCCUCGUGGCGUUUGGCAGGAUCCACAAGCAGUACAUUGAAAUAAAUGAAGGUGAAUCUUUUUACCUCUUCUUCUUGGAACACGCCUACCUAGAACUUUUCACCACUCCGUGCGCCGAGCAAACGAUAGAUCUGCUGCUUGGCAAUGGCAAAGAAAAGGUUUCUAUUCGUCGGUUGAGCGUCGGAGACCCCGGGCCGCUCGGACCGUGCUGGACACCUUCCCGAGACGGAGAACUUGACACAUUCGCAAUGGCGACAAGCUACGACGUAGCCAUCAUUGGUGCAGGGUGGUACGGCCUCGUCGCUGCACGGACAUGGCUGCGGCUGCGGCCCGACGCAAACCUCAUCAUCCUCGACUCGGACAGCACGGUUGGAGGCGUGUGGAGCCGCGACCGCCUCUACCCCAACCUGGUGGCGCAGGUGAAGCUCGGGCUGUUCAACUACACGGACACGCCCAUGCCGCCGGACGGCGCGACCGCCAACGGCCUCGUCACCGGCCCCAUGAUCCACGGCUACCUGCAGCGGUACGCCGAGGAGCACGACCUGCUGCGCCGCAUCCGCUUCAACACGUUCGUGGAGCGUGCAGAGCCGUGUGCGCACGGCGGCUGGCGCCUGUCCCUGCGCGACGCGCCGGGCGAGGCCGUCGAGACGGAGAAGCUGAUGGUGGCGACGGGCGUGACGUCGAUCCCGAACCUGCCCGACUGCGACCGCGGCGCGGCCACGGUGCCCAUCAUCCACUCCAGGGACAUCGGUGUCUCCUACGACGCCCUAAACGCGGCCGCGGUGAGGCGGGUCACGGUGGUGGGCGCCGCCAAGUCGGCGUACGAUGCCGUGUACCUGCUGGUGUCCAUGGGGAAGGAGGUGGACUGGAUCAUCCGGCCCGACGGCGCCGGUCCGCUGGCCAUCCUUCCCGCCGAGCUGUUUGGCGUCUUCAACAGCAUCGCGGUGGCGUCGACCCGGCUCAUGACUUGUCUCAGCCCUUCCGUGUUCAACACGACGGGCCCGGUGUACCGUUUUUUCCAGAGGACCUCGGUUGGACGGUGGGUGACGGGCAAGUUCUGGGAUGUUGUGACGAGCUUGAGUGACUCGCAUGCUGGAUACAGUCAAGGAGAUCACGUCUCCCGGCUCAGGCCCGAAGUUGAUGGGAAAAGUGUUUUCUGGGCAAAUUCAGGCCUCGGCGUAGUCACCCUCCCAGACUUCUGGCGGCGGCUGCACUCGGGCAAGAUCAACGUCAUCCGGGACAACCUCGACCGAAUUGAAGAGGACCAGAUUGUUCUCAAGUCCGGCAAGAAGGUGGCAGCCGACUUUGCCGUCAUGUGCACCGGCUGGGGCGACCAUUUCGCCAUGUUCGACGACGCCACCAAGCUCCAGGUGGGCCUACCGCUUUUCGGGCCCGCCAAGUCGAGGCCGCCGGCCGACGCCGAGUGGGAUAAGCUGGACAGGGAAGCGGGACGGGCGGUGGACGCGAAACUGCCCUUCAUCGCGUCGCCUCCCGGCCUGAAGAAUGCGCACACGAACCAGGUCCAGCCAAACAGACGGUGGCGGCUGUACCGGCGCGUGGUGCCCCUGUCGCAUGCGGUCAGGGGCGACAGAUCCCUGGCCAUCCUGGGCCAGAUCCACACGGUUCAGACGCCCCUGGUGGCCGAGGUGCAGUCGUUCUGGGCGAUCCUGUACCUGCUCGGCGAGUUGGAGCUUCCGGACGAGGACACCAUGGCGCGGGAAAUCGCCGAGUGGAAUGCGUGGACGCGGAAGAGGUACUUGAGCCAGGGCCAGAAAUUCCCCUAUUCGCUCUACGAUUUUUUGCCGGCAAGUAUCGCACGCAGCCCACGGGGUUUUUGA